AUGUCUCUCAACGCCGGCGACUCCUUCCCCGAGGGUGUGACCUUCACCUACGUCCCUCCGGCUCCUGAUGCGGGCAUCACUAGCUGUGGUGUCGGCAUCAAGUAUGAUGCUAGCAAGGGUACUGUUAACCCCCCUCCCUCCCUCCCUUCUCAAAACUUCUCAUCUCAAUUCAAGAACAAGAAGGUCGUGCUCGUCUCUGUCCCCGGCGCCUUCACCCCGACGUGCCAGGAGCAGCACCUGACCUCCUACCUCGACUCGGACAACUACAAGAAGCUCAAGGCCAAGGGCGUCGACUCGGUCAUCUUCAUCGCCUCCAACGACCACUGGGUCAUGGCCGCCUGGGGCAAGGCCAACGGCGUCAAGGACGACUCCAUCCUGUUCAUGGCUGACGAUGGCCUGGCAUUCGCCAAGUCCAUUGGCUGGUCCUUGGGGGAGCGGAUCGCCCGAGGCGCCAUUAUCAUUGACCACGGCAAGGUGGUCUACGCGGAGAAGGACGUCCCUAAGAGCACUGCCGCCUCCAGCGCCGAGGCUGUUCUCGCCAAGUUGUAG